GGGAGAGGGGGCAGGGGCACGGCCAUGGCGGGGGAGGGUCGGGCCGCGGCUUGAGGCCUCUCUACUGGCGGCUGCUGCGGGGGGUCCACGGCGCUGUAACCCGAAACCUCCCGCUCUGGCGGCGGCGGCGGCGGGCGGAAAGCACAGAUAAAAAUGGAAAAAACGUGGCUCUCCAGCCUGACAUUACUGCCUGAGGCCACAGCAGCUGUGCGGAUGGAAGCAUUUCUCCUAGAUGAAGGGACUGAGUGAGAUGUACAGCUGGCAAGUAUGGCUUAGAAACAAGCUUGGCAUUGUCAUUGACCUCUUUGGUGUACCCAUAGGCAAUUUCCUGCCCCUUCACUUUACCGUCUAAAAUGGUUUCCUGCAUCCUACAGGUAAAUUUUAAUUAACAGAGACAAAAGGGCCUCCAGUUUUUUGAGAGAGUUUGAAGAAGUCCUGCCUGAAUGUUUCUGAGCGUUGUUCUGCUUCUCGCUGCUCAGCAUGUCUUGGCUGCUCCAGCUCUGCACGCUCUGACCAUGAGCGGCAAUUCCUCCCUCAGCAACGUGAAGGUCUUGAGGAACCUCACCACGCCGGAAGACGGGGCAGUCAGAGUCACAGAGUCCAUUGCUAUAAUUGUCAUCGCUAUUUUCAUCUGUUUGGGCAACCUGGUGAUUGUUGUCACCCUCUAUCGGAAGUCUUACCUUCUCACGUUGAGCAACAAGUUUGUGUUCAGCCUGACCCUCUCCAACUUUCUGCUCUCUGUACUGGUGCUGCCUUUUGUUGUCACCAGCUCCAUCAGGCGAGAAUGGAUUUUUGGAGUUGUUUGGUGCAAUUUCUCAGCGCUGCUCUACAUGCUGAUCAGCUCAGCCAGCAUGCUGACUCUUGGACUCAUAGCUAUAGACAGGUACUAUGCUGUCCUGUACCCGAUGGUUUACCCAAUGAAGAUAACAGGCAACAGAGCAGUGGUAGCUCUUGUGUACGUGUGGCUACAUUCCCUCAUCGGCUGCCUCCCUCCCCUUUUUGGCUGGUCAUCUUUGGAGUUCGACCAGUUCAAGUGGAUGUGUGUGGCGGCCUGGCAUAAAGAGGCUGGCUACACUGCCUUCUGGCAGAUCUGGUGUGCCUUGCUGCCUUUCAUGGUCAUGAUGAUCUGCUAUGGAUUCAUAUUCCGCGUGGCAAGGAUUAAGGCCCGUAAAAUCCACUGUGGUAGUGUCGUCAUUGUGGAGGAGGACUCCCAGAGGAAUGGGAGGAAGAACUCCAGCACCUCCACAUCUUCUUCUGGCAGCCGAAGGAACGCUUUCCAAGGGGUUGUCUACUCAGCCAACCAGUGCAAAGCUUUCAUAACCAUCUUGGUUGUCAUCGGUGCUUUCGUGAUUACAUGGGGGCCUUACAUGGUAGUAAUUACAUCAGAGGCGCUUUGGGGUAAAAAUAGUAUUUCCCCUGCCGUGGAGACAUUGGCUACGUGGUUGUCCUUUUCCAGUGCCAUUUGCCACCCACUGAUUUAUGGACUGUGGAACAAGACGGUGCGCAAGGAACUAUUAGGAAUGUGCUUUGGGGAUCGGUAUUAUCGUGAGCCCUUUGUUCAGCGGCAUAGGACGUCGAGGUUAUUCAGCAUUUCCAAUAGGAUCACAGAUUUGGGACUAUCUCCUCAUCUCACUGCCCUCAUGGCAGGUGGACGGCCAUUAGGAAACAGCAGCAGCACAGGAGAGACAGGUUUCAGCUGCUCACAGGACUCAGGAACCGAGACAAUGCUUCUUGAAGAUUAUAGCUCAGAUGGCCUUCAUGUGCCGCACUGCAUUUAUCCUCCUCGAAGGAGGAGUUCGGUGACUUUUGAAGAUGAAGUAGAGCAAAUUAAAGGUGGGUUUAGGGAAGCGGCAAAUAAUUCUGUUCUUCAUGUAAAAGCUGAAGUCCAUAAAUCUCUGGACAGUUACGCAUCUAGUUUAGCAAGAGCUAUUGAAGCUGAUGUGAAAAUCAGCUUGUUUGGGGAAAGCGCGUUACCAGGAGCUCUGUUCCCUGUGCGGACUCUGCCUGGAAGCAGCAUGAACACACGGCGUGGCAUCAGGCCCCAUGCUAGCCAAAGACUUCAGUUGCAGAGCAUCGAUGAAGGGGGUAUUUGACAGGAGCACUGAAGUAAGAAAACACAAUGAAACCACUAAGUGGGACCUACUACAGCUGUUAGUGUUUCAACAGAACCAGGAUACUUUGUCAGGAUGUUUUUGGUGUUUUUUUCAACACUUGAAAAACAGCUCGAUUCUGGUACUUAUAUCAGCAUUUUACAGCAGUAUUUGUUUACGGUUUAGGGGUGCUAUUGAUUUUUUUGUGCUAUGUCUUAAAUCUAUCACACAGCGCAUAGGAGUGCAGGGUUUGGUGUCAUCGACCAGAUCAUUGAAUCUUGGGUCCAGUACUGGCCAAAGACGAUACAGAAAUCUAAAAGGGAAAGUAUGUGCAGUGUUACAUUCCUUAAUGCAUUGAUCUGUUUCUGACCAGCGGGAUGAUCAGUUUACACUCGAUAGCUGGAGUGCAUGGGCAGGAGGUGGUGCAUUGGAUACUACACACGGCCUUACUGUCACAAACUCCAUAAUGAUGGAGCAUGAACUUCACUGAGGGACAAAACCUGAACUUUUCAGGGGGCUCAUGCAGAUUAUGGUCCUCCUUACCCUUGCUAGCAGGUAUUUCUAGCUGUUUAGCCAUGAGAAUGCUAGAGCUGAAACUGGAUUGUGCAUUGCUUCUGUGUUAUGACACACCAGCUUCACUGGAUGUAGUGGGUGGGAGCAGACCUGUCCUGGAAAUACCACAGAGAAGGUAUUUGAGGACAUCAUCAAUGUAGAGUUCUUCAAUGCAGAGAACUUCAGUUCACUUCCCCGGUUUUGCUUUCACUAAAAGGGCGCGCUAUGGCUCUGAUAAGCUUGAAAGGAUAUAAAUAAGGUGUUACCACUUCAGUGACAGAUUCAGGAUUUAUGUUGUCUAGAGAGAAAAGUUCUACAAGUUUCUUACUUUUUUAAUCAGGAGGGAAUGUAGUAUUUAAACUCAUUACCUCAAUGCAUAUAUUUCUUGGCGUAUUAAUUCAGUAAUCUCUAAAAUAAGAACAUUGGGGACUUCGUAUUGCACUUUGCAUAUUCUUCAGCACUGUACAGACAUUGCCUUGUCAGGCCUUUGUGAGAGGGCUGGUCAGCCCUGCUUGCCAAGGAAGGGGAGCCCAGCAACAGCUGAGCUGCUGGCAGUGAAACAAGCUGCAAAGGUGGAAAGGUUUUUGGUGACGAGAGAUGAGGUGGAUCAUACAAGCAUGCCCGGCUUGAAGUGCCUUUUUGUGCCUUCCUGGCCUGGCCCCUUCCAUACUUUGUGGGGGUUACAGCCCUGCCUUACUGCUCAUUUCAAAGAGAGGGAGGCAUAAGUAAGAUAAUUUCUUGGAUGUGCGUCAGUAGCAAAUGGACUUAAGGACCGAGGAUUUGUGUGUGUUUGCGCUGUGUCUGCUUCCCCCAUACUUCCACCUUUCCUCAGCAGCAGUUUGUGUGGGUUUUUGCUGCAGACUGGGGCAGGAUGUUUCCAUCUCGGCAAAAACUGUGUGUUCACUUGUUAAAUUAUGGCUGUGUGUGACUAACUUGGAAGCACAGAAGGAAACUGUUUUGGAGGCAGAGCCUCAGUCCAGUACUGUAUUUAGACAUCCUAUUUGUCUGUGUUCCCAACUCAGAAAUAUAUUUCAGCACAAGCUGAUGUCCAUCUCUGGACAAAGCCACUAGACUUCAUGAACUAGUCUGAAUCCCUUUACAUUCCUAUGCAAGGUUUAACUACAUGCUUAAAAUUCAGUACAUGGUUUGCUGAUUAAGAACAGGCUCUUAAAGCAAGAACACUUAAGCACCCGUAAGGUGGCUCUUUGCAUAAUGCAGGAGUGAAAUUACUAAUAAUGGUGAGGUCUUCUCUUCUGUAUUUUUUGCUUCUAGUGUGUUAGAGAAAUUGGCACCUGUGGGCACUCAUUUAAAAAAAAAAAAACCAAAAAUUAAAAAUCCCAGUAUUUGCCAGGAAAUGCCCUGCACUGGAGUCAUUAUUGCUAUAAUUAUCAUUACAAUCACAUUUGCUCCUUGUACUCAGCACUCCUUAAGGUAUAGAUUUGCCUGAAGUAGCUUGAACUAUUUUAUCUGUGUCCCUUUUAUUUCAUAUUCCUGCUGCAAAACAAGUGAAGUUGUUGCUGAGUGUGAAAAGGGCACACAUCAGUAUGAGUGCAUUGUGGUGGAGUUAAGUCAGUGCUAGCCCAAAACUGCGUAUAUUUAGGAGGAAGAAUUCCAAGGCGCAUGUGAAAGCACAGAACUGUUAGUAUUGUUUAAAAAGCACGUUUUUCACAAAGGUACUGAGCCAAAUUCAGCCUUCAGGCAGGUUGGUGGAGUUGCAUCAGUUUACAUUGUGACUGAAUUUGGCUGCCAGUGUUAGUUUCACUAAUUGUUAUUUAGUGUAAAUGUUGUUAGUAUUUUUGUACACGCAUUAUAACAUUUCCAUAAUUCUGUUCUUACCAGAGUUAUCUCACUUGAAUUUUCAUUAACAAAAGCAGUAAUUAAGAAAUGCACACAUUUCGUAAAAAAUGUAUUCUUUAUGUUAAAUACAAAAAAAAAAAAAAUUCA